CGACCUGUUUACCCGUCUGAUAAACCCCUCUCCCCCCAGCAAAAUCAAGCAAAAGCAUCACUGUCUGUCUUAAACCCUAGUCUCCCGGCUACUGUUACUCUCCACCAAAUACAAUGGCGGCCUCUGAUCAUAUCCAGGGCAUGUAUGACUUCGCUUUGAAGCCUCAGUUGCUUCGCUCCUUAUUGAAUGAGUAUGUUCCCACCGAAAGGCACCCGUUCCGGAGCCCUUCUGAUCUCUCUCACGUCGUCUCUGUCGUUAAAACUCAUCGGCUGCUUUCGGAAUCAGCCCCAUCAUCUAUCGACCAAAAGAUAAUUGAGAAUUGGAAGUCCGCCGUAGAUGACUGGUCCAAGCGUUUUCAGCAUCUUGCCUCGAGCGAAAAGCCAGAUAAGUGCUGGGCUGGGAUAUGUUUGCUCGGGGUAACCUGUCAAGAAUGUAGUUCAGAGCGUUUCUUAGCUUCAUACCCUUCCUGGUUUCUCAAGCUCUUGUCGCAUAUUCAGUCUCCAGCUGACUCUCACCUUGUGAAGGCAGCUUCCUGUGCAUCAAUAUCGGAUUUGUUUACAAGGCUGAGUGGGUUCAGUAAUGCAAAGAAAGAUGGGACUUCACAAGCCACAAAAGUUAUUCAACCGGUGUUAAAGUUUCUUAUUGAAGAUACAUCCGUUGUUGUUUGGGAGGAAGCUAUUUCACUAUUCUGCACUUUGAUAAAUGUCUUCCCUUCAUCCGUUCAUAGAUUUUAUGAUGAAGUUGAGUCUGCUGUUGUCUCAAAAUUCAUGUCAGGGAAGUGCAGUCAAAGUCUGUUGAAGUUUUCAGAAGCUAGGUGAAUGUCUGGUUCUGCUUCCGAAGUCCAAAGGAGAUGCAGACACCUGGUUCUUGAUGAUGCAGAAGAUUUUACUCUCUGUUAAUAGUCAACUACAUGAUUCCUUUCAAGGUUUGGAGCCAGAGACUAGACAUAAUCAGGCCAUGAGGUUGUUGCUUCCCCCUGGAAAAGAUGCUCCACCUCCACUUGGAGGCCAAGGCAUGACAAGAAAAAGCUCAUCAGAGAGUAUGAAUAGAUCUGAGCACCUUCUCAUGACCCGGAUUUCUAUUUUGAUGCGUUGCUGCUCUACGAUGCUUACUAGUUCAUAUUCUGUUCAAGUUGCUGUACCUGUAUGUGCAUUAGUAGACCUCACUAAGAGGGUUCUGAUGGUAGAUGGUUCCGCUUCAGGCUUAUAUGCUUUCAUGACUACAUUGAAACAAGAAUUGAUUCUUUCAGAACUCCCACUUCUGCACUUGUGCAGCUUGGAACUCAUCAUUACUCUAGUUAAGGAAUUACACAGCCAACUUCUACCACAUGCUGCUGGUAUCGUACGACUGCUCACAGAUUAUUUUGACAGAUGUGCUUUGCCAGAGCUACGGAUAAAGUUGUACUCAGUAGUAAAAGUCCUUUUAUUAUCAAUGGGGGUCGGGAUAUCAGCGCACUUAGCACAGGCAGUUAUUGACAAUGCUUCAAUGGAUUUGGCUGAGGAGGGCACGUCUCUUAGUGAUCAUGCAAAGAUGCAUGCGGAUGUGCAACUCAGAACCAGCAAGAAGAAAAGGAAGCAUGCAGAUAGUAUGGCAUCCCAAGAAGACCAGCCUGAUGGUAAGGUCACCAAAGUAAAAAAUCCAAGGGACCCAACACAGAUAUCCUGGAAGAUAGCUGCACUAGAGGCAUUGGAAGCUCUUCUAACUGUGGGUGGUUCUUGGAAAUCUGGGGAUUGGCGUUCAAAGGUUGAUGACCUUAUCAUGACUGUUGCAACAAGUGCUUGCCAAGUAAAAUUUUCCCAAGAAGAGAGCAGUUUAUUUCUUCAUGGAACACCUACCUGUAACUGGACAGAACUUCAACUUGCUGCUUUACAUGCACUUUUGGCUUCUCUUCUGUCCUCUCGUCUUAUUCGUUUACCAGAGAUGCCCCAGUGUCUUAUACCUGUUCGUCCUCCACACCUAUCCUUUGGACUCGAUCUUUUUCGUAAAGGAGUGCAAGAAACAGAAACAAGGCUUUCCCAUUUCUGCGCACAUGCGCUUUUGACACUGGAAGUGCUUGUACACCCACGGGCUCUCCCAUUGUUGGAUCACCAAUCUACCGUUGAUUAUGAUAGGAGCCGAUAUCAGAGGUUCACGAAUCUCAGACAAUCAGGUGGUGGAGUUGGACAAGAAGUUCACUCCAACAUACACGAAAUGUCAAAAACCAGACAAGAUGAACUAGUAGUGUCAGAAUAUGAUGAGCUCCAUGAGAGAUGGAUGAGUAUUGAUGAUGAUGAUGCAACUGAAGAAGCUCCAUCUCCAUCUGAUGUUACAAUGGAUAAUAAAAGUAACAACACCAAAGAGAUUUCAGCUUCCUUAAAUAACAAUCUGUUAUGCCUCAAAUCAGCUGCAGAGGUCACAAAUGACCAAAAACACGCUGAAGAACCUAUCAUGAAGCAACAAGUUAAAAAUGCUGACAAUGCAAGAUCCGGUGCUUUAGUUCCCAUGGAAACCGACACAGAAUUACCAAAUAACAACUUAUCGUUGAUGGAGGGGGGAGACACAGAAUUACUAAAUAACAACUUAUCUUUGAUGGAGGGGGCAGGUGCUUCAGUUCUGGAUAAGAUCGCUUCUUCUUCAAUAUCUUAUUUGGACAGCGGAGGUAAGGGGUUUAUGCAAGAAAAAGACGAUUCAGAUUUGGAUUCAAUUCCUGACAUUGUUGACGUUGAACCUGAUGAUGAUGAUGAUGAUCCCGAUGCUGAUGAUACUGAUGAUUAAGAGAUGGAUGAAGAAUCGGGUUACUGCUGCAGUGCUUCAAGGAGCCUACUCUUUAUUUAUAAAAUUUUCGGAGUUAAACUUCAUGUGUUUUUCAUAUUUACUAUCUAGACAUCGUUGUUAUGUGUUGUAUGAACAAACACAUGGUCUAUUACAUCUGUCAUUUGACAUCCUUUUUAACUGCAGUAUCAAUUUUGUUCACAAAAGAACUUGAUGGCGUUUCUUCUAUUUUGUUCCAUUUAGAUCGUUCAUGACAGCA